GUCUCCCUCGCAGUCCCGCCCCCCGCCCCCCGCCCGCCCCUCCGGCCGCCUCUGCUGCCGCGAGCCGCAGCAGCGCCGCCUUCCCUGCGCAGUCGGUGUCUCCGCGUCGCUGGGUGGGACUUGGCUCAGUGGCCAUGGGCAAGCAGAACAGCAAGCUGCGGCCUGAGAUGCUGCAGGACCUGCGGGAAAACACGGAAUUUUCAGAGCUGGAGCUGCAGGAGUGGUACAAAGGCUUCCUCAAGGACUGCCCCACGGGCAUCCUCAACGUGGAUGAGUUCAAGAAAAUCUAUGCCAACUUCUUCCCCUACGGUGAUGCCUCCAAAUUCGCCGAGCACGUCUUCCGCACCUUCGACACAAACAGCGAUGGCACCAUCGACUUCCGGGAGUUCAUCAUUGCACUAAGUGUGACCUCGAGAGGCCGCCUGGAGCAGAAGCUUAUGUGGGCCUUCAGCAUGUACGACCUGGAUGGCAACGGUUACAUCAGCCGCGAGGAGAUGCUCGAGAUUGUGCAGGCCAUUUACAAGAUGGUUUCCUCCGUGAUGAAGAUGCCGGAGGACGAGUCGACCCCAGAAAAGAGAACCGAGAAAAUCUUCCGCCAAAUGGACACAAACAACGACGGAAAGCUGUCCCUGGAGGAGUUCAUCCGCGGGGCCAAAAGCGACCCGUCCAUCGUGCGUCUGCUGCAGUGCGACCCCAGCAGCGCCUCCCAGUUUUGAGCUAGAGGAGCCAGGUUCCGCCUCCUCCCUGCCUUCACUGGCCC